AUGUCUCGUCAAGACAAAAAGCGUUAUUCCGUAGAUAACCCUUGGCGUGCUGAUGAAGUUGUCGCGAUGUUUGAAAUGUGUGUAAUUAAAAGGCGACGAGGCGAGAUCCCGAGGGCCCUCGACGCCGGCAUACACGCGCGCCGCCCUGCGCCGCUCGCACUCGUUCUGCGCUCUCCUCAGCUCUUGACUACGCGUCAC